UCUCUCUGUCUCCCUCUCUCUCUGUCUCCUUCUCUCUUUUCAGUGACCCUAAAUUGGACAGGCGUAGACAUUCAUCCGGGAACAUCUCUACCACUCUGGAGAUGCUGCCAGGCCUGGAGGGGUUUGAACUGGAACCAUACGGCAAGACGGUGUCGUACGCCCAGUUCCUGUACCCGACCAAUGCUCUGGUCCGCCAGAAGACUCCCGCGGUGGACAUCACCCUGCAGGUGCCCCUCCCCCAGGUGACCCGGAACAGCAUCCCCAGAAACUACACACCGACUAGGCUCAACUCCAACGUGGGACUGGAUUUAGGUGUGGAUGACACUGGAGACUAUGACCCCAACCUUCUGAGUGACCCCCAGUGGCCCUGUGGGAAACACAAGAGAGUCCUGAUCUUCGCCUCAUACAUGACGACAGUGAUAGAGUACGUGAAGCCAUCUGAUCUGAAAAAGGACAUGAACGAGACGUUUAAAGAGAAGUUUCCUCAAGUCAAGCUGACUCUCAGCAAGAUCAGGAGUCUGAAAAGGGAGAUACGUACGGUGGGUGAUGACUGCGGACUGCAGCCGGUCACCGUGGCGAUGGCGUUUGUGUACUUUGAGAAGCUGGUCCUCCAGGGGCGACUCAACAAACACAACAGGAAGUUGGUGUCCGCCGCCUGCGUGCUCCUCGCCGCUAAGAUCAGCAGCGACCUCAAGAAGCAGGACGUCACGCAGCUCAUAGAUAGCUUGUUGUUGGACCAACGUUAA